AAUUAAAAGUGUACAUACUUAUAUCAUUACACUAAACUCAGUCACUUAAAAAGCACUUUUUUUUUUUUACACGCACCUGCAGUUUUAAAUACAAAAUUUAUUUAAAAAUAAUAAAUUAAAGUUGGUGGAAAAAUAAACCGGCGACGUCAUUCGCAUAAAAAUUAAAAAAAAAGAAGUAAUAAAAUAAAAAUCAACUUGUAUAUUUAUAUUUGUACUUAAUAUAUAUUAUAAGUAAACGCCAGUUUAAUCGCAAUCUUAGCAAAUGAGUUUUUACGACGCGAUAAAUUACGUAGUAUUUACUAACCCAUUGAGUUCAACUGCUGGGUCAUUAGUUAAAUCAACAGCAGAUGCUAUUGUCAGUUAUUCUGGAAUAGCUCCCAAAGUUGAAUACAAAAUGAUCCCACCAGAACCUCUGUGGAAAUUAGCAGCAUCCUCUGGACCAUUCAUCAGACUCGCUGGUAUUAAUGGAGCCGCUGCUGUUAUUCUUGGAGCUUAUGGCGCUCACAGAAAGUUUUCAGAUGAUAAUUUAAAACAAGUAUUUGAAACAGCAAAUCGUUAUCAUUUUUAUCACGCACUUGCUAUGCUGGGAUUAUCACUUUGUCGUGCACCGAUGGUGACUGCCGCAUUUUGGUUAUCGGGAACGAUGAUGUUCAGCGGAAGCUGUUAUUAUUAUGCGUUUACUGGAGAUAAACGUUUAAGCAAAAUAACUCCGUUUGGAGGAACGUGUUUCAUCCUCGGAUGGCUGACCAUGUGCAUUUAAAUGUCACUUAUAUAUACAUAUAUAUAUAUAUUAAUAAAAUAAACAAGUGUGUGCGAGCUAGAGGAUAAAUAGGCGGAUUAAAAAUAUUUUGUUUAAAAUAUAAUUAUAUAAAUUUUUAUAGUUUAUUAAUUAUUAUUUCCAGGAUAAAAGAAAUAUAAUUGUUACCUUUU